AUGAGUAGUCGCAAGUCAGCGGCAGCAGCUGCCGCGGCCGGGGAGGGAACUUCUACCGGCAAAAGACGUGGGCGACCACCGAAGUCGCAAACAGCCCUGAUGGAGCGACCGAAGAGUAAAUUUCAGUACCACCUAAUGAAGAAGCCCAAAUACCUGUGCAAAGAUGGAGGAAACGGGGAUUCGCGCUUCAGCACUCCGUCGGCAUCGCGAGCAUCGUCUCCGCAGGGCAGCGAAGAAAGUCGUCCCUCGACAUCACGCCGAUCGGUUCCGGUCAAGACACCCAAGGGCAAGGCAGCGAAAGGACGAGGUUCCACCGGAGGUCGUGGACGAGGCGGAAACAGUCGUAAAAGUUACACAUACCACGAAUCGGAGUACCACUAUGGUUCGGAUUUUGGCGAUGACAGUGACAAAAGCGAUGCCUACGAUGAUUCGAUGCGAUCAGCCAGUGAGUCCGAGGACAGUUUAGCGAACGAAUCCGAUUCCGAUUUCUCGAUUCACAGUUUCAGUGCGUCGACCGGAGCGCUCUGUCAGAAGGAACCUUCACCGGAUCCGGUGUGGCUCCAAGAGCGCAACUAUCCACCAUUGGAGCUACCUGCAUCGUCUGAAGAUUUGCUCGUUCCCAAUAGCAUCGUACUGAAGUGUACAUCAAUCUAUGAAAUCAUCCGAAGGUUCAGGAAUCUGGUUCGUUUGUCUCCGUUUCGGUUGGAAGACUUCGCUGCUGCGAUCACGUGCGACGAUCAGAGUCCACUGUUGACGGAAAUACACAUCAUGCUAAUGAGGGCGAUACUCCGAGAGGAGGAUUCCCAGCAGACGCAUUUUGCACCGCUGGAUCAGAAGGACAGUGUCAACAUUGCACUAUAUUUGAUAGACGUUAUUACGUGGCCGGAAGUGCUUCGAAGUUACAUUGAAAGUGAUCCUAGUUUAGAUCAGGAGGUGUUGAAGAUACUCACCGUGAAUGAGUAUCCGUUUGUGGCACCGGAACAUCGUUUGAGAGUGCUACAGUUUUUAACGGAUCAGUUUCUAGUUACCACAACGGUGCGGGACGAUAUGCUACAGGAGGGUCCGAUCCAUUACGACGAUCAUUGCCGUAUCUGCCAUCGGUUGGGCGAUUUGCUGUGUUGCGAGACGUGUCCAGCGGUGUUUCAUCUGGAGUGUGUAGAUCCACCGCUGGUGGAUGUUCCAAGUGAGGAUUGGCAGUGUACCUUGUGUAAGUUGCAUAAGGUUUCCGGAGUGAUGGAUUGUAUUACGCCACAGGAAAAACAAGGCAUGCUUUGCAGACAGGAACUGCUGGGGUACGACCGGCACGGACGGAAGUAUUGGUUCAUAGGAAGGAGAAUCUUCAUAGAGACGGAGGAUUCGUCGGAGGUGUGGUAUUUCAGUACGGUAAAGCAGUUUGAGUACUUACUUUCAAAGUUGGAUCCCGUUGAUUUGGAGAUGCAUCUUUGUAAGGAGCUGGACGAGAGGAGAGAUGAAAUUGUUCGGCACAUGACGAUCACGGAGACGAUAACAGGCCAGCAUAAGGGAAAUAAGAAAACGUACAUUGAAUUGGACAAUCAGCGGCUUGAGAAGUUGAUGGAAGAGGAAGGACUUGCGUCGAAAGAAGAUAAUGAAAAAAUGGACGUCGAUGAGCAAACAGAAGGUGGCGAAAAUGAAGAAUCUAACGAUGAGGAGAAUGGUGUUGAGUCCUCGGGUAAGGAGGAAGACGAUUCCAAAGCAUCAGGUGAUAAGCAUGUGACGAGGCUGAAGACAGGAUCGUUGGCUCCGCGAACGAUCAGUAGCGAGGACCAGAAAAGGAAGUGUUCACUGACCAAAGAGGACGAAGAUUCGCGAUUGACGCGUAACAAAUUGACCCAGAUGUCAAAUGGAACGUUACAUUUCAAGCUGGGCAUGGAGAACGGGUUCAAGGCGUAUGUCAACCAGUACUCAAUCAAUCCGAUUGCACUGAACAAGCCCCAGAGGAACGAAGAUCGGGACAAGAAGCGUCAUCUGUCGCACAAAUUCUCAUUAACACAGGUUUCCGAGUUCAAGUGGCUUGGUGGAGGAAUGAAUAGCACUCAGGCACAGAUCAUUUCCACCAUCAAGCAGACGAUCAUUGCACUAGAGCAGGCUGUGGCCUCGCCUUUUUUGCAUCAGAAUUGGUCCAAAUUGAGGAAGACUUGGAUCGGAGCCAUUAGUGCCUGUACAAAGGCGAAGGACUUUGCCCGAAUCCUUUGUAUUCUACAGGCGUGCAUGAGGAGUGUGAUAUUCGCUAGCGUUUGGCAUGAACAGCUAGGUCACACCAAGAUGUACAAGAUAACCUCGGCAGAAAGAGAAGAAAAGAAGAAACUAGAGAAACGCGAGAAGCGCGAACGAGACGACGAGGAAGAACGCAACCGGAGCACGUUCAAUUUUGUCAAGUAUUCCCUUGGGCUAAAGCAUCAGGUUUGGAAACAGAAGGGCGAAGAAUAUCGAAUCCACGGACAGUGGGAUUGGGUAUGGAUGUCCUUUAGUCGAAGGAAAGGCAAAAAGCCAAGGCAUGAAACUAAUGAAGUUGGUCAUGUGUUGAUACCGAUUGUGGCAGAAGUGCACAAGAAGCUGUUAAAGAUCGAAGGGAAGACGUACGAAGCCUAUCAGUUUGUGCGCGCCGGAAUCGAAGAACUGGAUUUUAUGACUGGAAACGAAGCGUUGGACAGUCGAUUGCUGGAGAAGUUCAACCAAACUGAAACAUUCCAUGUUCCGCAUACUUUCGAUGAAAUCGAUGUUUCCAAGGCACUGUCAAAUCCGGGAGCUCGUAUCCUAUAUCCCAAGGUUGCGAAAACAGCUUCCGUGUUGGACGGGUUGUUGCAGAGGCGCGUGGAUCUUAAGGAAGCCGAAGAGCAAACAUUUUCCAAUGUUAAAGAAGAGGACGACAUCGAUGUGAAUGUGAUCCACAAACCGGAAGUCGUUCUAGGUCGAUUAGGUGAAUGCGUUGAGAAGCAACUCCAAACCAUCAUAAACCAUCGCAACAAUUCAAAUGUGAGAAACCAGCUUCAUGGAAAUAAGCAGCACAACCGCAAUAAUGGCGAACAGGUGGAUUCGUUGAUUCAGAAGAUUCUCCCACUACGCUCUAAAUAUCAGCAGGUGAAUGGUUUAGUGCAGCAGAACAAAUGCUACUCAUUGGACUGCGAGAAUGGUCAGUGCUAUUCGCCUUUGUGCUUGCAAAAACAAGCAAUCAAAGAAGAACUGCUGCCGCUUUUAAAGAAAGUUCAAGCUCUGAAAACCUCUCCGAUGGCCAACACUUCGGUUGGUGGAGUCAAAUCCAUUCUGGAACAGAAAUUGACGGAAAGCAAAACGGAAAACUUCGAUUCCAUGCUUGCCAACUUCACGAUGAACCGGUACCGAUCGAUCCUAGAUGAUUGGGAACGCGCCCAUCGGAACCUGAUUGAAUACGACGAACAAUUCGUCCAAUCUAUGGCUGCGGCAAAGUUACCAGAAGAACAUAACAAUAACGUAACGAAUGAAGUCGAAAUCAAGACCGAAGAUGCACCUGAUAUGGUCGUCAAGGAGGAAAUCGUCAGCACGGAAGGCGAAUCGGCAUUGAACGGUUCCGAGAAGAUGGACGACAGUUUGAAGUUGAACGAUAAUUCCAAUUCUAUAUCGGAAAACUCGUGUGAUGAACCCCGAUCCACUCGUCGAGGACGAUCACGGAACAGUAAAAACAACUCGAUCGUCGUUGAAGAUGCCGAAGCUAAGAUUAAAGAGGAAGAAGUGAUUGUUCUGCCAAAGAAGGAACACAAACCGAACCGUCGAUUUGCCCUUCCGUCCCGUUGCGUCAAGAAGGAGGAAGCAGAUGAAAAGGAACUUGCUCCAGAUGGAAGCACCCGGGUUUACUCCGUUAGCUCUUCCAAAGGCAAGAUCUGCCUACGGAAACCUGUGGCGGCGGAAGCAAAGGUCAAAAGCGAGAGCAAGGCCGUUGUCCCGGUGAAACCAAAGUAUCCGGCUGUGAACUACUUCUUUACUCGGAAGCAAACUACCUCGAUAAUGGUCCUGCCCAUGCAUGAAUUGCUGAAGAUGGCUCGUGUAGGAGGUCGCCUGCCAGUGGUCGGAUUCCACCAUAUGGCCAAAAACAACAACUCCGUGUGGCCUUAUCCGUGUGCGAGACCGUUGUUCAAAACAUGCUGGCUGUAUCGUACGCUGAAUUUGACUACGUUGUCUGCGGUGGCACUGCAACUUCGCAUCAUCUGGACCUGCCUACGGUGGGAUGACAUGGCAAUGAAACCGGUGACCAGCGAUGGAAAGCAUCAGGUUACUACCGAGUCGGAGAUUAUGUCUCUGGAGAUUCUCAAACACCGGUAUGCGGGUGUCUUUAACGAGCGAAUGCAAUAUCUCCGGCGGAAGGUUGUCAUUCCGUUGGAGCUGCCGAAAACGGUUCGAGCAGAGGUUCAAUCCAUCCGGUCCGGUUUGCGAAAGCGAAAGCGUGCCGAAUCCCCACAGCAAACGGAACCACAAGUCAGCGAAGAGUGGAUCGAUGAAGACAAACUGGAACUGUGGGAAAUCAAACUGUACGGCGAAAAGCAGGAGAAACUGGCUGCAGCCCAAGCUCAACAUGUUACCCGAACGAGUACCGGUAAGCUUCCACCCAACCGUCAGACCGCCACGUCUUCGGGUGAAUCGUCCAAUUCGUCUACACCGACCAACAACGGUAGCAGUGCGUCGUCAAACAACAUCCACAAUAAAUCGGCAGUCAUCUCCAGUAAGGCCUCGCGAGAGGAAAUCACCGAGAAAAUGGAACAGCAACUUCGACUGCAGCGGGCAGCUCACAAUCAGAAACGUGCAAUGGAACUCAAGCAGCAAGGACAAACAGAUGGUGCCACUCCUCCCAAGCAAACCAUCGUCCAGCGUCGCAUCAUUGUCAAAAACGCCGAUGGUACGACUAAAGUUAUCCAGCAAAACAUCACACAGCCGGCUCGUGCAUCUCCGGUAGCGGCAUCAACAGCGACCGCUUCCGGUUCCCAGCAAUCACAACCGCAACAGCAAUCGUCUCCUCCACCUGCGAAGUCCGAAGGUCCGCAAAAGGUCCAAAUCAUUCGUGGUCCCGACGGAAAGGUCAGCGUACGUGGUCUCAACCCGGGUCAGCAGUUGAUCCAAACUGCCGAUGGAAAAUUGCAUGUUCUCAGUGCAGCACCUGGAUCAAACCCCGCCGCCAGUAAGCAAUCCAUUGCCACAAAGGUGGGUUCGAAAAUCAUCACAAAGGUUCCUGCUGGGGCCACUUCCGUUGCGACCAGCAAUGUAGCAAGCACCUCUGUGACCACCACCCCUACGGUAGUUCAACCCCAACCGCAACCGAUUGUACAGCCGCAGCAGCAGCAGCAACAACAACAGGUUCAGGUGCAACAGCAGACCACCCCUACUACGGUGGUAAGUUCCCCGGCGAUUACCCAGCAAAUUGUAAAUAAGUCUCCCAGUAUAGUGGUUCGCAAUCAAGCUGGGCAGCCCAUCAAACAGAUCAUCCAAAAGCAGGUGGUGCAGAAGGUGCAAGCCACUAGCACGACACCGCAGCAGCCAGCCACGCCGCAAAAGAUCAUCAUCAACAACCAGCAGGGAGCGGUUCAGAAAAUAAUUACCUCCAGCGGUCAGUUGAUUGCAACGACCGGAAGUUCGGUUCAGAAGGUGGUCUCCCAAUCGAAUCUGCAACAGCUGCUGCAGGGUGCCAGCCAGAAGGUUAUUGUCGAAUCGAACCCAGGACAGAGUCCUGUCCAGACGCAGAAAGUGUUGGUCGCUACGACUCCCACUGGCCAGACUGUUCAAAAGCAGAUUCUCAUUCAGAACGCUACUCCUGGGUCACCUCAGCAGAUCAUCAUCAAUCAAGCCGGCGGUCAAAAGGUUGUACAACAGAUUGUUGCAUCUCCUGGUCAGCAAAUCAUGAUCGGAGGCCAAAGGAUCAUGAUUGGUGGUCAGAAAAUUAUCAGCAAUCAACCGAUCCAGAUUCAACAGAAUCAACCGAUCCAGCAGAUCCAACAAAUGCAACAAGUUCAGAAGGUGCAACAAAUGCACCAAAUUGUAACCUCGACACCACAGCCGCAACAACCCCAGCAGAUUCAAAUACAGAUUCAGCAACCUAUUGCUCAGCCUCAACCGCAGCCACAGGUCCACACUAUCCAGGCUCAACCUGCCCCGCUUACCCAAGGACAAAGUUUAGCACAACAGUUGUCCAGCGGAAAGCUGCAGUUGGCUAAUCUGAACGGUCAACAAGUUCUGAUACGACCCUUGGGCAACAACCAAGCCCAGGUGGUGGCUCAUAUCAAAACGCAACCAAAUGGAACCGCCCAAAUCAUUCCUUUGGCCAAUGCGGUCGAUCCUCCUCCAGCCGCGGCACAACCUCAGCCUGUACAACAGGUAAUACAAGCGGCUCCGACCCAACAAACGACCAUCCAGCAGGUUGUCCAACAGCAGCCGGUAACGCAAACCACUGUCAUGCAGCAAGCGUUCAACACAUCCGGUGGAUCUCAAACCACGUUCCAACAACUUGCGGCCGCAACGCAACAGCAGCAACUACAGCAACAGCAGCAACUACAGCAACAGCAACAACUACAACAACAGCAGCAACUACAGCAACAGCAGCAACUACAACAACAGCAAACGCUGGACCCGGUUGAGCAGACCUUACUGCAAGGUCAACCACCGGGAACGGUAAUCAAAUGCGUUACCGCUCAGGUAAUACAAACCCAACAGGGUCCGCGGAUAGUGCUGCAAGGCUUGCAAGGUUCCGAGUUCACUCCCCAGCAGUCGGCGCUGGUCCAGCAGCAGGUUAAGCAACAACUGCUCAAAGCUCAGGAAUCCAAUGGCAAGCAGGGCGUGCUCGGGCCAACCAAAAUCUACCUGGCCAUUCAACCGUCCCAACAACAGGUCACGGCUGCACAGCCUCCUCCGCUGGCGCCAGUCCAGAUCAAACAUGACGGUGGUACAACCCACAUCCAGCUCCACCAACACGCCGAUUCAACCGUAACAACGACAACCCCGACCUUCGAGGAUUCCGAACUUCCUGUAUCGGGUUCGCUGACGACCACCAUCAAAACUGCGGCCAGUACUAGCAGCAACGACAGUAAACCGCAGAUCUUGUCCAACAUUGUAAUCAACGGCAGCAGCACAGCGGCCCUCAAUCCGAUAGUGAAGAAGGAACUGCAGAAGGUUCUGGCGAGUAAUUUGAACAAGCAGAAUAUUCUCAAAAUACAGCCGCAGCAGUCAUCACCGCAAACGCAACCAGCAGAAGAGCAAUCCGAACAGCCAUGUGAACCAACGACGGAGGACGGUGAACCCAUCAAGAAGGAGAAUGCUUCCGACGAGGAAGCUAAGGCAGUUGAGGAUAAGAAUGAUUCCUUCGUCGUGACGGCGGAUUACAUUCAACAAACAAUCAAAAAUGCCCUGAAGCAGGAGAAUCUGAAUCCGGAGAUUGAGGAGAAGUUGCUGAAUCUGCAACGGUAUCAGGAGAAGCAGAUGAAGACCGAUGAUCGAUCGGCAGCCAUUGCUCUGCAGCACAACUACAGCAACAUGAGUUCGAACAGAGAGCACCAUCACCACCACAGUACACCGGUAAAGUCGAAGAAACGAUCGCACCGAGGUGAAGACGACGAUGACGACUGGAUGAUGGAUACUCCGAAGCGACGUGGCACGAAAUCCGGGGGAAGUUCGCUGAGUUCUGUUGAGCGAAAGCCCCAACAUGUCACAUCUAGCGAUGGGCCUGGUUCCUGCAAGAAACGAACGAUCUCACAAAGCGAUUCGGCGACAUCUGUGUCGAACGCAUCGGUAGCAGUUUCGGCUGCAGCAGCUGCAGCGGCGGUGGUGGCUUCCGUUAAUGCCGAAUGUGCCGCUGCGGCUAAGGAUAUUGCGGUACCGCUGGAAGUUGAGCCAACAGUUACGCCACCAGUAUCGAACGCCCGGUCGGAAGCGGCACGCAGGAGUAACGAGAAGCGAAAGCAGCAACAAGCACUGUUGCAGCAACAGCAGAGGCAAAACAAGUUGCAGGCUCAACUGAAUCGCCACAAGGAACAACUGAAGAAAGACAUUCUCAAGAAGCGAUCUCAUCUCGAACGGGAAUUACAGGUACAAAUUCAAAAGGAACUCUCGGCGGAGCUGGCGGCAAGAUGCAAGCAAGAACAGCAACAGGUGAAGCAGGAGAACAGUGGGAAGCAGCAUGCGGCAACCGCUGCUUCGACGACGCCUGCGGAGAAGGGCAGCCAUGCCAAGAAAAAAUCACCCAUGUCUGCGUUGAAGGAGAACCAGAAGACACCGAAGCAUGCACCCAGUUUGGGUAAACCAGACAAACCACCGAAAUCCAGUGGUAAAAAGGGGUCGAAAAAGAAGGAAAAAAUCUACUGCCUCUGUCGAAAGCCGUACGAUGAUACGAAGUUCUAUGUAGGUUGUGACUUGUGCAAUAACUGGUUCCACGGAGACUGCGUGGGCAUUUCCGAGGAGCAGUCCAAGGAAAUCAACGAGUUUGUUUGCAGUGAAUGUAAGCAUGCUCGGGAGACGCAAGAGCUGUACUGUCUAUGUAAACAACCGUACGAUGAAUCCCAAUUCUACAUUUGCUGUGAUAAAUGCCAAGACUGGUUCCAUGGGCGCUGCGUGGGAAUUCUCCAGAGCGAGGCGGAGUACAUUGACGAGUACAUUUGCCCGAAUUGCCAGAUCAACAAUUCGGUAAACUUUGCCAACAUGAAAACGUUGAGUGAUAAGGAGUUUGAGAAUCUGAAAAAGUUGAUCAAGCAAAUUCAGCAACACAAAAGUGCAUGGCCUUUCAUGGAACCGGUCGACCCGGACGAGGCUCCGGACUACUAUCGUGUAAUAAAGGAACCAAUGGAUCUCCAGAAGGUGGAAAACAAAGUGGACAACCAAAGCUACCACACGCUGUCGGAGUUUAUCGGCGACAUGACCAAGAUCUUCGACAACUGCCGCUACUACAAUCCGAAGGAGUCGCAGUUCUACCGGUGUGCCGAGAGUUUAGAGUCCUUCUUCGUACAAAAGAUUAAAUUUUUCCGCGAAAAUCUGGUGGAAAAGAAAUCGGCCGGGACGAGUUCUUCGUCGCUGUAGGAAAGAGACGACGAUCGGUCGCGGUUCCGAUCGUUCAUCAAUUGAAACGAUAAGAUGAAUUUUAGCGCUAUGUGAGCACAAUAAAGUUUUACGUUUUAUUUAUCAUGUUUAAAUCGAUUCCACGCAUAAACAACGCAACAUAGGAAACCGCAUUGAUUUCUUAACUUCAAAUUUUAUUUUUCAAUCUGUAGAAACUUUAGAAUUGUAGAAGGAUAAUUUAUUUUAAGCAUAGUAAUUGUCUCGAGCUGGUGGUAGAUUUCAACUGUACAUAUGCAAUCUGUUGUAAAAUAUACAUGACCUAUGAAUUACAUAUUCUAAACGUGUCCGGAAACAUUGGCCCCGGGUGACAUGUAAAUACAGUUCUUUGAAAACAAUUGUACAGUUUACAAAUGCCUUCUCCAGACGACAAACAUUCAUCAUCUCAACGAAGGAGACAAACACUGAGGUUUUGUCACCUUAUUAAGUUAGAUACACGGAUAUUUUUAUGUGUCUCUUUGCUUUAGCUUCUAAUGUAAAAACAAAUGAAAAAGUUAUUGCUGUUAAAAGUUGUUACUAAACCUGUACACUUAUUUGAAGAUAUGCACAUUUUUAGUACUCUCACUGAUAUUUUUACGUCUCUUAAUAUAUUACGAUCAUGAUAGUACAACAACAAACUAUUGUACAUUUUUCCUCUUUUACCAUUCGAAAUUUAUACAGAAAUAGUACGCUAAGUGGCUUGGUUUGUGUUUUGUGCAUGUAAUUAAAAUCGAUUUUUUUUUAUCUGUAACCUAAAAAGUCUCCAUUCAAGUGAUUACGUUAGUAGAGUUAGUGUAUUUGAGGAAUAAGAAGAAAACAGUAGUUGAGCGUUGUGUUCCAUUGGGAAUGGGGUACAGUCGCAAUAAGAAACUAGCAGUGCUAAGAAAAUAUUAUUGUACACAAUGAAAAUACACAUUUUAUUGUACAGAUUUUGCAGAAUAAAAGAUUUAUUUUCGAAAGAA